CAAGCUUGCGGUAAGGUGCAGUAAAGGGGUUGCUGGUUUCUUAAGAAAUGUUUUCAUUGUUAUAUAUAUGUAUGUAUGUAUUUAUGAUAGAUUUUUUUUGAAUGGUUUUGUCAAAUCUCUCGAAACUCAAAGGCUAUCCAGAUUUUAAGCCUUGUUAACGAUUUCUUUUAUCUUAAUUUCAAAAUAAACUUGUGUUAUGUACAAAUCAGUGCGAGAACUGUUUAUGUAGAAACAUAGCGCUGUUUAGAAUCAUCACAAAGGAGGAAAAUAAUGUUUCAAGACGUCGUGAUCCUGUCAGACGACGAUGAAGAUGUCAUCACAAAAUCAUACUCUCCCCAAAAAGAGCAGUGCCUUGAAAAAGCAGACACAAACACGGAAAAAGACAUGUUGUGGAGCAAUGCAGCUCACUCAAUGUCGGACUCAGAUGAUGAUUUUUUCCAAAAGAGGUUUGAAGUUCUUCCGCAAGAUAACAACGUCUCCUCGUCCUCGGACGAAAAUUCUUUUAAAAAUCAGCCUCUGUCUCAAAACUCGGUGAAAGAAUAUCAUCCUCUUUCGGAUAGUGACAAUGAUGAACCCAAUCAUAGACAGUCUUUGACUGUGCCCACUACACAGGUACCUGCAACGAAGGCAAGCAAAUCACCAAAAAAACGUCGGGGCAAGUACACUGAAGAGGAGAAGGCAGCAAUGGAAGCAGAAAAGAGGGCGAAAAGACUGCAGAGGGAGGAUAUGAGGAGGAAAAGACCAGAGAACUGUUUGAAGUACAUCAUUCUUCAAGUGGACAGAGACUUGGUACAAAUUCCGUCUUUGGAACAGGUUUUGAGUUUCACUCCAAUCGAGCAGUGUCGAAGCGAGGUGAAGCACGGGGCUAUUCCUUUUUCAGUGCUUUGGCAUAGAGAAUUGACACCAGACGAAAAUGGUCACUGCAGUCGAGAAGUGGCUCCGUCAUUGAUGCAACUUCUUGAGAUGAACAUGCUGGAGCCUUUGGUCCGUGAUGGAGAGCUUGUGUCACAUGUCAAGAAUAUCCUGGAUUCAAACAGAAAGGUGGAAAAUUUCAUCAUCCUCGUUUAUGGGAAGAACCAGUAUUUUGCACUCAAGAAGAAAGGAGGGGGCAGAAUCAGCAAGGACCAGCUGGAGGAGGCAAUGGUAGAGUGUCAGCUUGAACUAGGCGUUACAUUUUGCUGCGCGGAAACUGCUCAGGAGGUCAGCGAGUGGCUCUUCCGGUACACAAAAGCAGUGGCCCAGGAACCAUUCAAGAGAAUCAAACAAGACUGGCAGAAUAACUUCAGAUUCCACCUGGCGUCGGAAAAGAGCAGUGGUGUACGCGAGGAUUUCUCCAAAAUAUGGCUCAAGUCGCUGAAGAAGUUCAAGAGGAUGCCUCUGGAAACGUGCCAAGCCAUUGCGGCUGUCUACAAAACGCCCACGGCACUAACUGAAGCUUACAGUGAAUGUGCAAGCACUGAUGAAGCAAAAUUGUUGUUGGAAGAUAUUACGGUUCAGCGAGGAGUUGGACCUCUUGCCAUAGAAAGAAGGGUGGGGCCUGCUCUGAGCCGCAGAGUACACACAGUUCUCACCUCCACGCAGCCUGACUUGCUGCUUAACAACGUAGAAUGAAUUGCAACAGCCAAAUCUCAUAUUGUGUUGUGCCUUAUUUUUCAACGACCGGAAAGGUAUCUUUUUAAAGACGUUGUAUGACGAAACAAAUUUUAUUGUGAUAUAACUUGUAAGCUUUUUUCUUGAAUAAAUGAGGUGAUUCUCAUUAUA